AUGAAGCUCACCGUGAUCCCCGCGAUCCUCGCCACCUGCGGCGCAGCCGCCGCCGCGGCCGUGGCGCGGACGCCCAGCAGUGACGCCCACGACCGCUCCUCCGACCCCCUCUCCGCCCGCGGCCACCGCAUCCCGACCGCCUACGAGUCCGCCGUCAUGGGCCGACGCAUCCUAGCCCUGAGCCCGCUCGGCACCCUCUCGACCGUGUUCCCCGAGGACAAGGAGGAGUCCGGCUCCGGCUCCGGCCCGGGAGCCGCGGAGAGGCGGCCCUCGGGCCUGGGCGGCGUCCCGCUGGGCUUGGUCGACUACGUCGCCGACUGCGAGGACGAGGGCAACCCGACGAUCCUGGCCGUCGACAUCGCGACGCACUUCCGCAACGUGCGCGCCGGCUCCAACAUCAGCCUCGCCGUGCGGUGGGCGCCGCCGCACCCGCCGUCCAAGCGCAUCUCCUCCUCCUCCUCCUCGACCUCGUCUCCUCCCUCGUUCCUGGGCCGUCUCCUGGACUACCUCUUCCCGGGCCAAGGAGACUCCGACGACUCCGACUCCGAUCACCAUCACCACCACGAACCAAUCCCCUACUCGGCCGCCAACCUCCCGCGCUUCUCCCUAAUGGGCUACCUAGAAGACAUCCCCUCCCCCGCCCCCACCACCUCCACCUCCGAUUCCGACAUAGCCGACUGCUUCGUCGCCGCCCACCCGGACGCCCGCCACUGGCUCCCCGGCAACCGGAUCCACCGGUCGCACUUCGUCCGCCUCGUCGUCACCUCGGUGUACUGGGUCGGCGGCUUCGGCGACCGCGCCUACAUCGGCUGGAUCCCGGCCGACGACUGGGCCGCCGUCUCCAGGGACGAGUGGGAGGCCGUCCGCCUGCCGGGCGAGAGGAAGGGGUGGGACGAGUGGGCCGCGUAUGACGAGUCCCCGACCCUUGGGGGUGAUGACCUGUGA